AUGGCAGCUAUACUUAAGACAAGUCAUUUAGGUGAGAUCCAAGGUAAAGCAGAGGAUGGCGUCACCAACUAUCUUGGCAUUCAAUAUGCCACUCUGAAGAACCGAUUCGCCGACCCUGAACUUGUCGAGACUCGCUCAGGCGAUAUUCUUGAUGCCACCAAUAAUGGACCUACACCAUUCUUACCGUCCGGUGGAUAUACACAUGAACUUGACCAUGUUCAGCACACCCUCCCGAAGAAAGAGCUGAGCCAAUCCGACGUUGAUGGCCUUAAUUUGAACAUUGCUGUUCCUUCCGACGCGACUCCCGACUCUAAGCUUCCAGUCCUGUUUUUCAUUCAUGGAGGUGGACUCUCCACUGGGUCGAGCGCGUGGCCUCAAUAUGACCUUACUCGCAUCGUGCAGCUGUCAAUUGAGAAGAACGUGCCUAUGGUAAUUGUGACAAUCGAUUAUCGUUUGGGAGCAGCUGGUUUCUUGACCUCCGAAGAGCUGCGCGAAGCCGGAUACAAAGCGAAUAAUGGUCUUCGCGAUCAGCGUGUCGCUCUCGAGUGGGUGCAGAAGCACAUCCAGGACUUCGGUGGAGAUCCAGAAAAUGUCACUGCAGCUGGCCAGAGUGCUGGAGGAGCAUCUGUCACUCACCACCUCCAUUCCACCAAGCCAUUAUUCAAACGAGCCAUUGCAAUGGGCGGCUCAUCGCUUCCUGUCAUCGCCUUGCCAUAUGUAGCCCAUGAGGCGAACUAUGACCGAGCGAUAUCUGCUCUAGGACUCACCGACGCCACGCCUGAAGAAAGGAUCAAGGCCCUUCUCGAGAUUCCAGGCGAAGAGCUCGUGUUGAAACUUGCUCCGUCCACCCGCACUGCUGCUGCCAUUGACGGUGACUUCAUCCGACCAGGUGUCACAUUUAACGAAAUUUCCAAACCAGGAUCUGAAUUACUUCCCGGCAAAACAUGGUGUCAGGAUUUGCUGAUCGGUUGCAACGAGCUCGACUCAAGCAUUCUGGCAUUCCUCAUGCCACAAAUCAAAGUAAACACCACAAAGAAAUUCAUCGCUGCGAUCCACAAGGUCCUAGCCUUGUACCCCGAAGAAGCGAAACGUAUUCGGGAGACAUACGAGAUAAAUGACGACACACCCAAUGAACAGGCUUAUCCUUCCGUUCUAACCUUCAUGAACGACAUACUAUACACCGCAUCGACAUUAGCAUUCGCAAGUGGCUGGAAAGAAACCGGUAAUGCCUAUGUGUACUAUUUCAACGAGGGCAAUCCCUGGGAAGGACCAUGGAAAGGUCACGCGAACCACGUUCUAGAUGUCGCGUUUCUUUUCCAGAACUUCCGCGAAUUCCUAAGCCCAGAGCAACAAGCCGUUGGUAUUGCAUUUGCAGAGGACAUAUUCAAAUUCUGUUAUGGGCAAGCAUCUUGGCCAGCGACCGCAUCGGGAGAUAUUGAGAAUGGAUUCUCGGCUCGGAUUUAUGGGCCUAGUCAGGAAGGUAUUACCGCUACUGUUAGUUCGCAAGCUUUUGGAGGCGAGACUCGCCGACAAAGUAUUCUAUUUGAUUGCGCGAGUCAAGUGCAUUUGGAUGAAUUUAUGAAGGUUGUUGGUGAGUUCAUCUCAAACUGA